AUGUCAAUAGUUGAAUUUCUGACCACUAUAGAUAAGCUAGUGCAGUCGAUCAAUGAUAAAAACCAAGAGCUUGAAGAUUUAAAGAAGACGUACAACUCUAAAUUGGAAAUCAUUAAUAAGUAUGUUAAAAAACUCCAAGAACUUCACGGAGAACUUGAUGUCGAUCCUCUGUCGAAAUUAACGCACAAACAGUUUAUUAGGAAUUUAGAAAAUUCAGUUCUUUGUCCCAAUUGCGACGAAAAAGUUUGGUCGUUAGACGCCGAUUCAGAUUAUAUUUUAUUUCCUAAGACACAACUUAUGCAUCUACUUCCAGAAUUCCCAGAAGGAAACUGUGCUGAGGAUAUUCAAGCCCCAGUAAUAGAGAAGUCUAAACCUGAGCAAAACAUUCAGAUCUAUCACAAUACACAACGAAACAUAGAGAAGAACACUUACAGAUCAGCUAAUUUGACAACACCCAAGAAGACCUGCUCCUAUUGCAAGAAGCCUGGCCACUCCCGAUCAAAAUGCUUUAUUCGAUUAUCGAAACCUACAAAGUGA